ACUCCCAGGCGGUAGGAUGCGCUUCAGCUUGGCUGACUGUGUUGAUGAAGGGCGGUGCUGCGAGGAAGAAGAGCAGCUGAACUGCGUCGCAGCCGCACGGAGCUUCUUUCAUCAGAGACGGUGCAGAAAGCUUUCAUUUACUCGACGGUUUGUCUUUGAUUUUUCACUCACUUCGAAAGAUGGUUCGACCACAUUUUGGACCACCACGUUUGAAGCCCAGACCUUACGGAGAUGGUCAUGGUCAUGGCGUUGGACCCAGCGAAGGGAAUUACAACCCCAACUCCAAAAGUCGAAGAGAUGUCCAGGGCUACCCAGCAAAGCCCCCUUUUCACUGGAGAGAUUCCAGAGGUAGAGGACGACCCCCAGUUGUCAAAAGAGUCCCCCUGAUGGGAGAGCAAAGGGAGCCACGUUUCAAUCACUGGAGGUCCCAGAAUCAGGAUUCCUUUCAAUCGUACCCUCCCAAAAUGGAACCACACCAUAACCAGAGGAGGCCUUCUCCCUCUAGGCCAAACCGCUCCCCCCAUGUCCAGCAUCAGUCAUCCUCUCGCAGUCCUGCACAAGGAUCCCAGAGUCAAAGGGGCCCACCUUUCCAUGGCCACCCCUCAGGUCACAGGUCACCCUCCCCAAGACAUUUUCGCAACCAUCCGGCUGACAGGAGGCCAGGCUCUGCACCGCCCUUCCAGGGCUCUUUCAGGGGCCAAAAAAGGCAGCCAGGUUUUCAGCAUCAGGAGCAGCGCGGUCGAGACCCUCGUGGGAAUUACAAUCCCAGAGAAAGGCCCUAUGAGCACUCAGGUCAUGGCAUGAAGCGCUGGAACGAGGCUGGAGCAUUCUCUCACCCACACAAUGGAGAACACGGGCCCUCUGGAUCACAGAGGAGCCCCAGAGAGAUGCAUGGGAGAGGCUCAUGUCCAGAGAGGUACAAGAGAGAAGCAACAACCCCAGCUGGGUGGUCAUCUGAGCAAGACUCCAGGCGGCAGCGUGGUCCGGUGGAGAGGCAGGGCAGCAGAUCCCACAGUAGAGAGCGGGCACAGGAAGUCCCUCACCUGCCCCCUUUCAGAUCCCCCUCAUGGAAAGGAGGUCCGUCACCGUCGUCCUCCUACCACAGGAACCCUCAGGAGAGGCAAGUGGCAGGACCCCGCAAGAGGAGGAUAUCAGACAUCAACAUGCCCUCCUCAGACCCUGCACUGGAGCACGGCAAUCCAAAACACGCCAGGAGAGAGAAGCCUCAGCUGCUCAAUAUUCCCAGGCCAUUCGGUGGUAAACCUUUGUCUCUUAGGGAUAGAAGUUACCUGGUUAAGAGCAGACAAGUCCGAGCAGAAUCCCUCAUGGGGCUCAGAAUACCAACAUCUGUGAGAUCCAGGCCUCGCCUGGACGACUCUGCCUCACAGGAAAAUGUCAGCUCUGUCCUUGCUAUCAGGAAGAAACGUUUCCAGUCAAAUGCACCUCCCCUGAAGGUGGAACCAAGGAGGGGAAAACCACAGCAGUCACCCCCCAGAGAAGAAGGCAAUUCCAGCAAGUCUUCAAGAGACUCUGAUUCAGGCAAAGAACAGGUGGAGUCUCGCCGGUCCUUGAACUCACACAGAUCUUCUCCCAUAGAGAAACGGGACCUUGUUGUUUUGUCCCACUGGCCUCCUGGGCCGAGCUCGUCCUCUAAGGACGACUCACCUACCAAAGAUCGCAGCCCAAAGCUAAAGAGUGAACGCAGUUCAGAUCAUGACACCACUCCGAACAGCCGACUCUCAAAGACGAAUGAUUCCAGAUCAUCGCCUGAAGACCGAAGGCGGGGCUAUGUGGAUAAGAGGGUGUUUAGGCCAUUUAAUAUGAUGCAGGAAAGCUACAGACCUGGGAGGCCCUUCAGGAGACCAGGACAAGGACCCAUGCAGAGACCAAGGUUCCCUGGUGGUCAAAGGUUCCCUGGUGGUCAAAGGUUCCCUGGUGGUCAAAGGUUCCCUGGUGGUCAAAGAUUCCCUGGUGGUCCAAGGUUCCCCGGUGGUCCAAGAAAGACGGGCCCGGAACUGUCUGGAAAUGUUAGAAGACCACUCAUGGAGAGCUUAGUGACGCGUCCCUUCCCAAAUCAGAGGCCAGUGUUCAGAAAAAGUCACAGCAUCAUGUCCAAAUACCGCACCAUGAGAGUGAUGCGUCAGCGGGCACCGUAUAACCGAGGGCCCAACCAACAACGCUGGUGAUAACCUCUGCACAGGAACCACGUUCUGCAGACAUGAAACUGAAGAACGGCAGAACAAUCUCAUCAAGAUCUUCUCUGCGGGUUGGACUGCACAAACCCUCCUCUCACUACAAUCCCUCCCAACCUGCCUGUAUAUCGUUGAAGUGUUGUUGCUUACAUUUGUUCUCUGGUACAAGUGUUUCAGUUGCAUCUUUGAAGUACUCCAGUACUUUUGUUUUAGGGUGUUUGUAACAUAAUGCCAUUACAUUAUAAUGUCCUGCUUUUUUGUUUCUUGUGUAUAAUUAUUUGAGAGUUGCUGCCUGCGAACUUAGCAAUUUUCAUUUUACUGAAAUAGUUUUAGCUUUUUUCUUUGUUUACCAGCAGCGAUCGAUUUGUGAAGUCCAAGAAACAUUUACUUUAAUAUUUCACCUUUACCGUUUGUAAAGACUUAACAAAUGAAAUGUCCUGUUUGAAUAACCAUGGGUGUUUUGAUUAAACGGCAGAUUGUCGAAUGACACUUAGCUACUACUUGUAAAACUUGUAUAAUCACAUGUUCAGUUUGUUGUUCUUGAGACUUGAAAUAAGAUCAAAUUUAACAAGCUC